AUGUAUGCCGACGCGCAUUCCCGUAUCAUCCUUACAGAAUGGAUUGAUAGUGAACCGUUGACAGUCUGGAACUCUCAAAUAUCUCUGGAUACGCGACACAGUUUCCUCGCCUCUCUUGCAGAUUUCUCGAUACAACUAUGGACUGCUCCUGUUGAGCCAGAAUUAGCAGUCGAUAAAACAUCUUCAUACUCUGCGUGGCUCACCAACAGUCUCGACCGCGGACUCCGAAGAACUAUCCAAGGUACUGCUCGGUGGGGCAGCACCAUUGACUACCUUAUUAUGCGGUCGAUGGUGCGCCGUUACUCUAAAGAUCUUGACGGUGGCCAGAUCUUGGGGUUUGCUCACGGAGACAUGAAUGCUCACAAUGUGAUGCGAACAAAGGACUUUCAACUAGCUGGGUAG